AUGACAAGCUGCGUCAAAAAGAACUGCACCAUCAGAGAGGGUUUGGUCACCCUGAACACGACACAGACAGCGUGUAGCCGACCGAUAAGAGACAAGGCAGAGACGUACCAAGUUGUCAGCAAUACUCUCGUCAUCAUAGCCGCCUUGUUCAUUUUGCAACGAUUUGCAUUCAAACUCUAUGCGCGCCUUGAGCUGGGCCUCGACGAUUGGUUCACUCUGCUCACUCUUGUGACUGGGAUCCCAAGCACCGUCAUCAAUGCCCAUUUCUUGACGGUCAACGGUAUUGGCCGAGAUAUUUGGACUCUGACGCCAGAACAAAUCACCAACUUUAGCCUGUACUUUUACAUUGAUGAAAUAGUCUACCUUGCCGAGGUGUCGCUCGCAAAGCUCGCACUGCUCUUCUUCUACAUGAGAAUCUUCCCAAGCAGAGACGUUCGACGCCUACUUUGGGGCACUAUUGUUUUUGACAUUGUUUUCGGCCUGGCUUUUGUUCUGGUGGCCAUCUUCCAGUGCAAGCCCAUCAGCCACUUCUGGGUCAUGUGGGAUGGCCAGCACCAAGGCCGGUGCCUGAAUAUCAAUGCGAUAACCUGGUCAAAUGCCAUCAUCAGCAUUUCGUUGGACUUGUGGAUGCUUGGUAUCCCUCUGUGGCAGCUGCGAACUGUCAGGCUGGGAUGGAAAAAGAAGGCCGGAGUGGCUGCCAUGUUUUCCGUCGGCGCAUUUGUAACGAUAGUCAGCAUUCUGCGGUUGAGGUCUCUCAUCACCUUCUCCUAUAGCACCGAAAACCCAACCUGGGAUUUCUUCGACGUUGGCAUCUGGUCUGACACCGAGAUCAACGUUAGCAUGAUAUGCGUCUGCAUGCCGUCAUUUCGAAUGCUGUUAGUUCGAUUGUUCCCCCGGCUCAGGGAAACAACUCAGCAAUACUACGCAGACAGAAGAAGCGACGACAACACCCACAACGAGGCAAACUCUGGGCGAGGCGGCAGCGGCUCCCAAUAUGGAAUGGGUGGCAAGGUUGCCGGCGAGGAUGCCAAUGGUAUAUGGUACCAGAAGUCUUUUACAGUCAACUAUGUCGAAGCUGACGAGUUGCAUCUCAUUUCUGCCCACCGUCGAGAUGGAGAAAGCGUCGAGCCGAAGUCGUCGAUGAGCCAUUGA